GCUUAGAGCAGCGUCUAGUUCAAAUUUUGUGUUUUCAGAAUCGUAAAAAUGUGUAAGGAUUAAAUUUCUCACCGAUUUCAUGUUUAAAAUUCUAGAUUGAGAUUUAGAUCCUGUAUCCAGCAGUCGGUCAGAUGAGGUGAGAUGAGAGGUUUCAGACUGAAGGAUAAAUUUCACAGAGAACUGAAAGAUCGGUGUGUGAUUAGACAUCAUGCAGAGCAGAACACACUGCUGUAAGUCUAAAGCUCGGGGUAUAGGGAAUGGAGGUGAUAAUCAGGAAGAUGUUCAUCAUGUGAAAAGAACCCCAUCCUCCCCACAAGGUGCUCCCAAAAAAAGAUCUGCCUUUGUUGACCUUACGAAUACCAAAAAAGUCCAGAAUGACGGCCGUGUCAAGAACGGCAAAGCGGUCAAGAAGACACCGACGAGCAAAGUGGUUAUAAAAGCGAACAACAACCUGAAAGUAUCUAAACAACCGUCAUCUGAGGAGCAGUGCAAAAAAGCUGAGGAGCAGCUGGAGCAGCUGGAGCAGCUGGAGCAGCUGGAGCAGGUGGAGCAGCUGGAGCAGGUGGAGCAGGUGGAGCAGUCGAUAUCAACAGACACUGGUGCAUCUCUUCCUAAGGAGCAGCCUGAAGUCCAAGAACAAAAGAUACCAGAAGAGUUUGAUGUUGAUAAGGAGCAAGUUGGGGACUGUUUGACGAGUCCGGAGUACGCUAAAGAUAUUUUUGACUACCUCAGAAAUAGAGAGGAGAAAUUUGUCUUGACUGAUUACAUGCACACUCAGCCGGACCUGAACGGAAGUAUGAGAGGUAUACUGAUCGACUGGAUGGUGGAAGUCCAGGAAAAUUUCGAGCUGAAUCAUGAAACCCUGUACCUGGCGGUGAAGCUGGCGGACCACUACCUGUCUGUCACAGAGGUGAGGAGAGCGUCCCUGCAGCUCAUUGGCUCCACAGCUAUGCUCAUCGCCGCCAAGUUUGAAGAGCGCUGUCCUCCCGGCGUCGAUGACUUCCUGUACAUUUGUGAUGACGCCUACAAGAGACAAGAAUUCCUCGUUAUGGAAAGGAAAAUCCUCCAAGCACUUAACUUUGAUAUUAACAUCCCUGUGCCGUACAGAUUCCUCAGGCGUUACGCAAAGGUAGCUCAUGUUAGCAUGGAGACGCUAACUUUAGCACGCUAUGUGUGUGAACUGAGCCUGCUGGAGCUGGAGUUGGUACCGGAGAGAGCAUCGCGCUUAGCGUCCGCCUGCCUCCUGCUUGCCCUCAUCACCAACCACCUGGGAGGAUGGACGGCGGCGCUGCAGUACCACAGCGGCUACACACUGGGAGAACUGGGCCCGCUGGUGAGGAGCCUGUACGCCAUGCUGGCCAGUCCUGCAGACGAGAACCUCAGAGCUGUGGAGAACAAGUACUCUCACAAAGUCUUCUUUGAAGUUGCGAAACUUCCGCUGGUGCACAUCGAGACGUUAGAAGAGACGCUAUCUGAACCUGGCUUUACUCUGGGUUAA